AUGUCCCUCGCCGAAAGGGAGGCCUACAACGCUCGUCUCAUGCCUCUGAUGCGCGGAGGGGACAUACCGCGUGACCGCUCCAUCCCGGUUGAGUACAUCACAUACGACUUGUGGGAAGGCAUGCGGGCGCACGACCGUUGGAUGGCGAACGACAUCCUCGAGCCCGUCUUUGUCUUUAUGCGUGCGCAGACAGACAAGGCACGCACCAAGCCGAUGGGCCUGAAGGAGUACCUCGAAUACCGGGAACGCGAUAUCGGGAAAGGGUAUACUCCUCGCGGCACUGAUGCGCUUCAAAAUGGGCUUGUCUAUCCCUUACCGGACCUCGACCUCGCCCGCCCCGUCGACAUGCACUGCUCGAAGCAGCUUUCAAUCAUCAACGACGUCUGGAGCUUCGAAAAGGAACUUCUCACCUCACAGACGGCACAUGAAGAGAACAUGGAUCUAACCAGAUGCUGA